GUUGAGCUCAAUGUACGUUUGACUGCCUACCUACACCGAAAAUUAUAGUUUUUAGGGGUUAUAUUUUUUAUUGAUACAUUUUACAUUUCUACUUUUAGUAUACCUACUUGCAACGAUGGCUAGACUUUUAAUGUUAUCGUCUGUGAUUUUGCUUAGUGCUUACGUAACGGAACAGGUGCAUUUUCUUCAACCGGAGUACAUCAAUAAACUAAAUGAAGAAAUAUCGACAUGGGAGGCAGGAGAAAAUUUUCCUCCCGAUACUCCUAUAGAAUAUUUAAAAGGGUUAUGUGGAUCUCACGGCGUAGAAGCUGCAGCGAAAGGUCCAUUCAAGACCAAAGAUUCCAACUACAAUUCCUUAUUCCACAUUCCCGAAACUUUUGACGCCAGAAAAAAAUGGAAGCGUUGUAAAACCAUCGGCGUGAUUCGCGACCAAGGAAAUUGUGGUUCAUGUUGGGCUUUUGGCACUAGUGGUGCAUUUUCCGAUCGGCUGUGCAUUGCCACAGACGGUGAAUUCAACGAACUGUUGUCGGCCGAAGAACUGGCGUUCUGCUGUGAUUCAUGUGGCGAAGGGUGUCUCGGGGGAGAUCCUAUUAGUGCGUGGCAGUACUUCAGUACAAACGGUAUCGUCACCGGUGGUGGCUAUGACAGUAAUCAGGGAUGCCUGCCAUAUUAUGUCCCACCUUGUCGUCUUCACGGUGUUUCGGCGGAACAAGAAGGUGCUUGUCGCAGCCAACCGAUGGAGAGAAACCACAGGUGCGUUAAAAAGUGUUACGGAAACACAAGAAUCGAUUACAAAGAAAACCACAGAUAUACCAGCGACGCGUACUACCUUCUACCAGACAACAUUCAAGAAGACGUUUUGGCUUACGGUCCGGUAGAAGCGUCUUUUUUUGUCUACGACGAUUUCGUCAAUUACAAAUCGGGUGUCUAUGAAAAAUCAGAAAAUGCUUCGUGCUUGGGAGGUCAUGCCGUGAAAUUGAUUGGAUGGGGCGUGGAGAAAGGAAUUCCAUACUGGCUGUGUGUAAACUCGUGGAAUGAAAACUGGGGAUAUCAGGGAACGUUCAAGAUCCGAAGAGGCACAAACGAAUGUGGAAUCGACUACUCGAUGACAGCCGGUGUGCCCGUUAUUGACUAAAAAAUUACCGAUGUGCAUAUAAUAUUAUUUGUGUUGUAUGAUAAAUAACUUAAUAAAUAAAUAAUAUGGAAAAUAGUUUCAAUAAUAAAUGACAGCACUUAAA